AUGGAGUUGAAGGAAGGCUCAUUCCUGUGGUACCUCUACCUGGACAAGAUAUACUGCUUAUUAUCUGUGAGGAACGUGAAGGCCUUGAUGGAGUAUUUUCACCUUCUUGAUGCGCACCGCAGGAACACCCUGAAUGAUGUGCUGUUCUAUCACUUCCUCCACCAUGUGACAGACUUAAAGACUAGACAGAUCAAAAUUGUAUUUGACAUGCUGGACUGGACAGCUAUUGGGGAGAUUGGCUUUAACCAGUUCUACAUGCUGGUUUGCAUAUUGCUGUCACACGAGAACCAUCUAGAAGAACAGUUUAUGUACCGCCAUUCUCGGCCUGUUUUUGAACUGCUUGACUUGGAUGGAGAACUGAAAAUUGGUGCCGACAAUUUCCAGAUGUACAGAUUUCUCUUCAAUAUUAGAAAGCAGGAACUCAGAGAGCUCUUUAAAGACUUUGACAUCACUGGCGACCGCCUUCUUAACUACAAGGAAUUUAAGCUGUAUACGAUCUUCUCCACUGACAAAAGCUACAAGCAGAAGAAAAGACAGGGAGAAAUAGUGGAAGAGCUAGAGGAAGAGCAUGUGAAAAAAAAAGAGAAAGAAAAAUCUUGGCUCCUCAGGAAAAAGCGUCACACGGGUAGUAUAAGCCAAAUUAAUCUCUUGGAACAACUGAGAUCCAGAAGUGUAGAACAUAAUUAA